AUGGGAAUAGAUUUUUUGUGCAAGUUCGGUAUUAGACUAGAUUUUGCGACGACCGAAUGGUACUUUGCGGAGGAGCCCGCGGUGAGCCAGGCGUACUUCCAAAUACCCGUGGCGAAAGAAAGUCGGGAAAUCACUGCCUUUAGCGUCCCAGGAAAAGGCUUAUAUUAUUUCACGCGGAUGCCAUACGGAUUAACGGAAGCGCCCGCGACUUUCCAGCGCUUAUUAGAUAAAAUAAUCGGGCCGGAAAUGGAGCCUCAUGCGUUUGCAUAUCUCGAUGAUAUCGUGAUAGUAACGCCAACUUUUGAAGAACAUUUAGAAUGGCUCGAGAGCGUGCUAACGAAAACCUUUGCUGCCGAUCUCACGAUAAAUCCGGAGAAAUAUACAGACAAAGUUCAGCCAAUACUAGACUAUCCAGAUCCGCUCAAUAUCAAGCAAACAGACGCAAGUUCGGUAGGAAUAGGAGCCGUGUUGACACAAAAUAUAGAGGGAACCGAACAUGUCGUAGUUUUCGCGAGUCGAGCUCUAGCAGAUCCCGAGAAAAAUAGCUUACGUUGGCUACAUAAUCUUAAAAAUCCGACGGGCAGACUCGCGAGAUGGGCUCUAGAACUCCUAGAGUACGAUUAUGAAAUAGUCCAUCGUAAAGGCGCAUUGCAUCACGUACCGGAUGCGUUAUCACGUAUGUAUGAGAGUGACACCGAGGUGAAAAUAAUGGUUGCCGUAGAGGCGGACAUUAUCGCGAAUACGACCGACGCUUGGCCCAAAGCUAUUGUAUCGGAUAUUGUGGAGGACUUAGACCGAUGGAAACUGGUACUACCGAAAGAAUUGAGGGAAACAGCGCUUAGAGAGGCACACGACACACCGCAGUCGGGACAUUUAGGGGUGGAAAAGACGUUCCACCGACUGGCAGUUGCGUAUUAUUGGUCGAAUAUGUUUCGGGAUACCGCGAAGUACGUUAAGCAGUGCGACGCAUGUCAGCGUACCAAGGUCGAGCAAGCCAACUCGGUGGGUCUCAUGGGUCACCGCGUCGUGGAAGGCCCAUGGACCAUGGUGGCUGCCGACAUAAUGGGUCCGUUUCCGAAAAGCAAGGCUGGUUUUGCGUAUGUUUUAGUAGUGCAAGAUCUAUUCACAAAGUGGAUGGAAUGUUUUGCGUUAAGAGCCGCUAACGGCAAGAAAAUUUGUGAGGCCUUGAGAGAAGUCAUCUCGCGUUGGGGUACGCCAAAAUUUUUGCUGACGGAUAACGGCACGGAAUUCGCAAAUCAGACGUUGCAAGCGUUCUCGGAAGAACACGGGAUAACCCACACGACGAUUCCGCCAUACCAUCCGCAGGCUAAUCCAGUAGAGCGCGUUAAUCGAGUUUUAAAGACCAUGAUAGUUGCCUUUUUAGAGAGAGACCACAGGAAAUGGGAUGAGCAUUUGCGAGAUUUUCGCUUUGCGUAUAACAUUGCUCAUCAUUCAUCGAUCGGCACGUCACCGGCGCUUUUAAAUCUCGGACGGGAGCCAACGCCAAUAAACUCGAUACGCGAGCGAUGCGCGAACGUCGAUGAAGUCGAACAACGCAAUCCAGCGGAAUGGUCCGAGAGAAUGCGGAAAAUGCAAUCUUUGCACAAUUGGGCGAAGGAAAAUCUCGAGCGGGCCUAUUAG